GUUUUGUUCUGUAAAUAUGUGCGAUAGUUGUGUAUGCAAUUUGCAAUCGAAUAAACAACUAACCACAGUACGCAAUAAGCGAGCAGAAUGAAAUCCAUUGUACUGCAUUCGGACAUAGCGCGUCUAAUUUUAGGCUAUUUAUUAAAUAAUGAUCUGAGGCAUGCGGCGCUAACGUUUUGUCGCACAUCAACGCAUCUGAAACAGGAGUUCGUCGCCCUGUGCCAGGGACUGCAGCCGCACAACUUUCUCAAUGGUGGCCUGGAGGAUAUCAUACGCGAGCAUGUCAAAGUCACAAGCAUCGUGGCCAAUACGAUGCAGAAAUUGCCGAUAAGCUCACGGCAUCGUCUGCAGCAGCUCAAGUUGUCGGAACGCAUUGCCGUGCUGCUAAAGCUGGAUAAGUCCACGUCGUCCACAGCCGGUAGUAGAGACACUGCCUGCCAGCGAAAUGCUAAUUCAAAUACGCAGCGCAAGAGGCGACGCACUCGCGAUAACACAAUGUCGGAGGACGAGCAUCUAAGCUCGUCACCGGAGCAGAUUAGUUGCAAACGUAUGCGUGUGCUCGCCCCCCAUUUGUGUUGCAGUGUCGAGCUUAGCUCUCGCAAUGUCAGCGACCCGGUGGAGGAUAGCGAGUCGCUGAACAGCAGCAGCACCACUGGCACCGAUAUCACCAGCAGCCAUACGGAUGAGGGGCUCACGUUUCGUGGGCAUGGACCCAAAAACAAUUCCACUCCUCGCGCCGCCAAGAGCGAUAAACCCGAAGUGAUAAUGCCAGUGCCGCAGACAAUGCCAGAAUUAACGCAGGUCAUUAUGACCAAUGAAGACUUUCAAGCAAAGCUGCUCAAUAACAUCAACGUAGCGCUGCAAUCGCUAACGGUGCACGCACCAACGGUAGAGUCGGUGAAUUCGGAGGCAGUACUCGAUGGUCUGGUGCGAAAUAUUUUGGAGGCCAUUGAAAAGGAUCCAUCAUUUGAUCGUAUCAUUCAGGAAGUUGUUGGAAUGGAAGCGGCACCAGUGGAACCAGUGCCAUCACAAGUUGCAACGGAGCCACAGCCACAGACGCCGCUUAUCAUUCGUUCCGCAAUCGCCUCUGCCAAUGCUGUGCUCGGCGCAGACAGCAAAGUGUCGAAUGGAGGAAAUGCCAACGCUGUUAUACAGCUGAAUGCAAACAGCACCAUAAACAAUCUUAUUGAUCCAAAUUUCAGUAUAUCCAAGCUCAUAGUGCUUAACUCCAAUGAGAGUGCACAGAAGCACCAUCCACAGUCUGGAAAUUUAAGCUUUGGCAUUGAUAAUCUCUUAAAUUUUGGAGUUGAUGGCGGCUCAGCUCUGCCAGAUUUUGAUGCUACUGCUGGACGCGGUGGCCAGGUGUGCGUGGACGCCACUAACGGCCAACUAACUUUUCCCAUGUUGUUCUCCAACGAGGGGAUGAUAUCGCACUUACCAUUUCUGGUUAAAAAUGAGUGGUUGGCGCAACAGCUGCGUUCCGAUGUGUUCACCAACCCGAAUGUCUCUCACAUUGAGAUACCCUUGCCGGAGCCCAUCAUAGUUACCGCCAAUCAGCUGCCGCCCAAUUCGAUAAUAAUCAACAGCGCCGUCAAACAGUCGCCAACAGCUUUGGAUGCAUCUCUAAUCGAGCCACCACCGCAACUCAUUGCGGAGCACCAAACAAACCCAGUGACAGCCAUAACAGAGAGUAAAGUGCCCGCCUCAUUGGACUCAUCACGUCUGGUGCUGGAGCGUGUGACGCCCUCCACGUCUGGUAUUGUCAACGUUAAGGCAUUUCGCAGCCUGUCGACGCCACGCAAGCGGGCAUCCCACGUUCGCACGCUAAACUUCUCACCCAAGGUGGCAGCCACACACAACACACAUAUCACUCCCGUGUCCACUCGACGUAUGCAGCACCUGUCGCGGCGAGUGCAGUUGAAUACACUUAAGGAAAAGCACGCUGAGCAAAAGACACAAAUCGACGUACAACCGGAGAAACCAAUUAUUAUCAAUAAUGUAGAGAUACUGCCAAGUGCUGUUGCCAGCAGUCCAGGCGCUGAAACCGCAUCCGGUCCACAAAUAGCAACACCUGCAGGGGCCGCCGAUGGGAGCGGCAAUGACAGUAACAGCUGCGUGCCCCCGCUUUUUGUCAUGGAGGAGAGCAGCAAUCAGACGGUGAUCAAGGCAGUCACUGCCUCAUCUAAGCAGACCACCACACAGUCCAAACAAACACCGUCGAUGGUGGCUACGCUCAAGCGCAAGCAGAAGCGUCGGGCAGCGGCCAAAGCUAGUAAGGCGGUAAGAAUGGGCAGCGAAAACAAUCCUGGAAAGAACGACAGCAACCAAACGAAGCAGACACAGUCCAAGCCGGUGACAUCCGCAACCAUUUCGCUGGACGAUAGCAAGGAGAAUCAAAGGAUGCAAAUUGAGCAGCUCGAGAUGCCCGCCAGUUCCGAAAAAGGGGAUCUGUUGGCCGCCUGGCAUCGUCAAAUCCACGGCACCAGCGCCGAUCUCGAUCAGCGCUUGCGCGCAAUAAACGCCAAGCGCGAGGAGCUCUUUAAUAGUAGCAUGUCAAUGCGUCGCAUGCGUCCUGUUGCCGCCAGUAAAAAGAAAACCCUCACGCCCCUGGCGCCCAAGCAAAAGAAACUGAAAUCACCGCCACUCCGCGCCAAGAAAAGUAAGCGAAAGCAGCUGUUGUCCGAAGAACAGCAGCAGCAGCAACACCAGCAGACAUACAGCGCCGAGGGCGAGUUCAAUAUAAAGAUAACAACACCGAAGAAACUAACACCAAAAAAGUCAGCGGCUGUCAGCUGUCAGGAGUUGAGGCACCCCAAGGAUACCACGGAAACUGAGGUGGUCGGGGAGCUUAAGAAACCUGAGGAAAUUAAGGAACAAGACCAGAAGACGGAGGAACAGCAGCAACAGAAUGUGGAGGCAGUGCCUUCAAGGCCAGAUAUUAGAGAACAUCCUGCAGAUCGCAUGGACCGAUGCAUGCCGAUGUCGCUGCAGGAGACGCCGCUGAAGUUGACGCCAUCAGAAGCUGGUGAUGUGCCGCCGACGCCUGGACCGACACUUAUGCCCCCACCGGAAACGCCCUACCCGCAGCUGCUGCUGCCAUCGACAUCGUUUCUGUUUGGCAGCGACACUAAGAGCAUUUUGGACACGCCCAUGCUGAUGGCCAUAACGCCGGGCGUGCACCUGACAACACCCUUCGGUCACUCGUUGGGCACGCCGCACAGCAGCGGCGCCAAAACUGAUCACUCCUCAUGCAGCUCCUAUUAUCGGCCAGAUGAGGCCGAGCAUAUGGAUACGAAUGCACAGUGCGCACUGCAGCCAACAGAAAGUCCGCCUAAAGAAGACCAUAUCGUGGAGCAGAUAUCAACUACAACCAUCACAGCCACCUGUAUCGAGUUGCAUGCUGAGCGGUUGCCCGUGGAGCCGACGGUGUUGCGUCGUGUGCGCUCCUUUGGCUGCGAGGCAGUGGAUAGUGCCGAGGGCGCCGUGGCGCUGGCUGCCAAUGCUGAUCAUCCAUUGGUGGAGACACCGCACUAUAAACUCGUAUCCGGGCUGCCCGAUGUGGUCGUGGAGAACUCAAACAGCAGCUCCAGCACGAGCAGCUCAUCCACAACUACCUCCAGCAGUUUCAGCUCAUCGAGUAGUGCCACCAGCAGCAGCAACACAUCCGCCGCAUCCUCCUCGGCGCAGUCGAGCCAGGUGGCUCGGAGUGGCGGAGUACUGCCGACAAGAAGCAUAAAGCUAUUGGAUAUGGAAAAUCUGUCCGAUAUUAGCAGCACCGAGGAUGAGGAGUGGCUAAAGGCUGCUGCUGCCGGUGGCUCACUGGAUGUGCCACCAUUGGCCAUUGAAAGUGAACCGACACAGCUGGUUAGCCAGGAUGGCGAGGUCCGUUAUCCGUUGCGCAAUUGGCUGACACCCAGCAAAGAUGCGGGGGCAGAAACCAGUAGCGCAAUCGUUCCGCCAGCCAAUUGCAAGAAAACAUUGUUGACCCGCAACUCCGCCGAAAAGCUGCACAACCAGGGCACUGAGGACGUGGAGCAGCGCAUGCAGGAUCUGGCCAAAGUGCGCGAGCGCGUCAAGGCCAAGUGUAAACAGGAGAGCCAACUAACGCCCAAGUCUCGAACCAAGAAAUCCAAUAGGAAGCUUACAGUCAUACGUAAGACAGCCCAGCUGGCGAAUCAUCCAAACAAAACACCCAAAAAGAAACAAAUCUCACAGCCAACAACACCUAUUAAAGCUUUGCAAGGGAAACCAGCAGCAGUGCCAGCAGAAGUGCCAGCAGCAGUGCCAGCAGCAGUGCCAGCAGUGCCAGCAGCAGGACCAGUAGCAGCACCAGUGCCAGAAGCAGGAGCAGUAAUAGUGAAGAGCUUGCCAUCUCCAGCUCCACAUAGACCCGUAAAGACGACCCAACCAUCGUUGAGUGAAGCACUUAAGGCGAGCAUAGAGCAGCCGUCGUCCUCUAGCAGUGAUCUCGAUCCUGCGCUUCUUAUUGCACUAAAUCUCAGCGCCAAGAAACAGCAGCAGCCAGCAGCACGUGUCGCAAUGGAAAUUGCCGCUCAACCGGUGCCAUCAACCACAACCGGACAGCGACGUGGUCGACCCAGGAAACCAACUAAUGCAGAGCCGCCACGCGGUUGCAUGCGUCGCUCCUCCCGACUAAUUGAUAAUAAGACACCCGCACCAGAGGAGCCGCAGCCCAGCGGCAUUGAGGCAACGAAACCUGCCAAAACGUCGACCAUUGCCAAAGUCACCAAGAAACCAGCCAAAAAACGCGCUGAAGCGCGCCUGGAAUCGGCAGCCGGGCCAACAUUGACCACUCUCGCCGAGGCGCACACAACGCAGCAAUUGCCGGAUCACCAGCCGCCGUCUGCCGCGUCCUCAUUCACCAGUGGUGAAUACGAACUGGACAUGUGUUGGAGUGCCAAUCAAGUGGGCAACACCUAUAACUUUACGUACGCCAACAGUGGCAGCAAGCCAGCACAGUCCGUGCCCCGCCAGUCGCCCGACUACUUUAACAACUUUCAAAUGCGCAUCAUGGUGGAUAGUGAAAUUCACAAUGUGCGCAUCACGCAUCCGCAGCUCUUGCAUCAGUCGCUGCCAAGUGCAGAGGAAGAAUGUGCCAGCGUCACUUCGAUACGGAACAUACCCAAGAAACGAAUUAUCCAAUUCAACAACGGCGCUAAACAAGAUCAACCAAAUGUGGAGAAAGACAAGCCAAUGGCCUCAUCUACGCCACUGACCACACGUGCACAGAGUGUGGAGCGCGACAAUAACGACUUGGAGGUGGUGGCCAUAAAUACGGCAUUGAAAGACAGCGCUAGCGAGGAGCAACAAAUGGAACCGCACGAUGCCGGCGUGCAGAUUGAGGAUAUUGAAUCAAUCCUUUCCCACUUGCAUGGCACAUAACAACAACAGAGACAACACACAACAGCAAUAACAACGCCCAUCAUCAUCAGUUUCUGAAUGGAAAUUCAACUGAACCCCAUAACUUUUGUGUAUACUUACACACAUUUAUAAAUAUAUAUAUUUUUUUUUAAAUUCUCAUUUCAUUUACUUUGGUUUAUGCAAGCGUGCAUAGUGUAUAUGUCGUAAUCACGCAUUGUAAGUUACAUAAGUUACUUAAAGCUUAAUAUUAAUAA